CUCUGUGCUAGCAGCGCCCAGCUCCCCUCUCGCCGGCCGGGAGAGACAAUGAGGAGGCGCUGCCGGGCUGGGCCGGUGUCUGACAUUCAAUUAGGGGCUCUCCCCGGGCUGGGCACAGCCCGGACUUCCCGCUGCGGCUCGGGGUGCGGGUAGCUCUGCCUCCCACCCACCAGCCCUGUGGACAGCUGCCUUUGACUGGGUGGCUUCUAGCUGGAAAAUCCGCCCCGAGCUAAUUAUUGGGAGCUUGAUGUUGAUAAAGUUAAAGCGCCCGGGCGCCCUCCAGCAUGAGCCCCUCCCCCCGCCGCCGCCUCCGCCGCCCGCAGCCGCAGCCGCGCUAGAGCCGCCCCCAUGAUGGACGGCCGCCUCCUGGAGCACCCCCAUGCCCAGUUCGGAGGCAUGGUGGGCUUCCCCUACCCGCUCGGCCCCCACCAUGUGUACGAGCUGGCCGGGCACCAGCUGCAGUCCGCGGCCGCCGCCGUGCCCUUCUCCAUAGACGGAUUACUGAGCGGGUCCUGCGCCUGCGCGGCCUCCGUGGUGACUCCCACCCCGCUCAUCGCCUCGGGCUGCGGCGUGAGCGGGGACAGCCAGGCCUUCAAGCUCUCAGACGCGGGGGACCCGGACAAGGAGAGCCCCGGCUGUAAAAGGAGACGGACCCGCACGAAUUUCACGGGCUGGCAGCUGGAGGAGCUGGAAAAGGCCUUUAACGAGAGUCACUACCCGGACGUGUUCAUGCGGGAGGCGCUGGCCCUGCGGCUGGACCUGGUGGAGUCCCGAGUGCAGGUCUGGUUCCAAAACCGCCGGGCCAAAUGGCGCAAGAAAGAGAACACGAAGAAGGGCCCGGGCCGGCCGGCGCACAACUCGCACCCCACCACGUGCAGCGGGGAGCCCAUGGACCCCGAGGAGAUCGCGCGCAAGGAGCUGGAGAAGAUGGAGAAGAAGAAGCGCAAGCACGAGAAGAAGCUGCUCAAGAGCCAGUCUCGCGCGCUGCCCUCGCCCGGCGGCCUCUUGUAG